AUGGCUCCGAGCAGUGCUGGGUUCGCAUCUCAUUUCCCCCCGUUACCCGCGGCAAUUCCGGUCGGCGAACCGCUCGCACGAGCUGCAACUUCGCUCGAUCAGUUUGCUCUGGAGAUCAAUGAUCACCAAGACCGGUCUCCACCGCCUAUCGCCGGCGACAACCCCACAGCGAGCCCUAUCGCUCAUUGCUCGAUCGCCGCUGGUCCGCCUGGUGUCCGCAGUCGUCCCUCGCCUUCAGAACGCUUCGCACAUGUUUUCGCGCGCGGCCUCGCCAGAGAGAGAUGGUCCAACGGCUUCAAUCUGCAUCCCGAAUACAUAAUGCUGAAUUCUGCUCCUCCGCCUCCCUCGUCUCCUGGCUCCCUGGGAGUCAAGAGAUCACAUUCGCCUGACGAGUCCGUUUCCGUUCAAUCCCAUCCGUUGUUACCGUCUCUGCAGCCAUCGUCCUCUGAUGCGCCCGCAGCACAGCAGCACCAGGCUCAGACCAACGCCUUGCAUUCCACGAUGACCACGUUCUCCCCCCCGGCAACGGCUGCUGGCAACCUUCCCUCUGGCGGCACGGCUGCUUCCUCGUUUCGCAAUGUUUCUGCCUGCAAUCGUUGUCGCCUGCGCAAAAACCGUUGUGACCAGCGUCUGCCCCGUUGCCAGUCCUGCGAAAAGGCUGGCGUCCGCUGUGUUGGCUAUGACCCCAUUACCAAGCGAGAGAUACCCCGGAGUUAUGUCUAUUUUCUAGAGUCUCGUGUCGCAUACUUGGAGAAGCUGUUGACGGAUAAUGGCAUUGAAUUCAAACCGGCGACAGCUUUUGAUGAUGGAGAUCAAGUCGAGGGAGGGGUCACGGAGAGCGCAAGGGCUCUAGUGACUAUGUCGGGAGGUUCUGCUGGUAACGAGCCGUCAACCUCGAAUGAGAGGCUUUCCAAGGCCGUGGCGGAGAGAGGGAAGGGCGAUAAUACAGCAGAGCAGCCGCUUUCCAGAGACGGUGGCGAGCGAGAUGCGAACUCAAAUGCGGACAGUGAGAGAAGCGAUGAAGAACGACUAGAUAAAUUAGUGUCGAACAUUGGCAUGGUCUCCGUCCAGGGAACUUCUGAUCCCAGAUAUCUGGGAUCCACGUCGGGAAUUUCUUUUGCCCGGUUGGUAUUUGCGGCAGUAAAGAGUUCUGUUAAUGGCAGUGGCUCUGACCGCAGCACUGUCCGCCCGAGUGAGCGUCAACCCCCAAACUCAGGUGGAAGCACCAUGCGAGAUUCGUUUUUCGGGCUCCAAUCUCGGCCUUUGAUGAAACAGGCAGCAUUCCCAGAUAGGGAACUUGCUGAGAGACUUGUCGAACUCUAUUUUGAACAUGCCAACCCCCAGAUGCCGAUUCUGCAUCGGGGAGAGUUUAUGGAGCUUCUUGACAGGACAUAUGCGACAGAUGAGUCGAACCGAUCUCCUCGAGAUCUGUACCUUCUCAAUAUCGUUUUUGCUAUCGGUGCUGGUAUUAUUUUUGAAGGAAAAAGCUCUGCAAAAGAUGAACAAGAGCGCAAAGCACAAGAAAGUUUAUUGUCAGAACCUUCGUCCAAGAAACAAAAACUGUCAAGUCAUCAGUAUCAGCCAGAGGAGUACCACGCAUCUGCCGUAGUCCAUCUAGAGGCUUUCCUAGGUUCUGCCCCGUCCAACGAAGGCUUUGGCGGUGGUCUAGAGGAAUUGCAGGCGGUGCUCUUGCUGGCAAGUUUUGCUCUGCUUCGGCCGGUUGCUCCAGGUUUGUGGUAUAUUGUCGGUGUCGCCGUGCGGCUCGCGGUCGACUUGGGCCUUCACUACGAAGACGGAACUGGCAUCGACUCUAUUGGAGAAGAAGGCACCCUGGCGCAUCUCAGAGCCGACGAGCAAGGCAAACCGAAGAUUGAUUCUCGCGAGCGUGGUCGUAGGGAAUGGAUUCGUGAUCUCCGCAGACGUCUGUGGUGGUGCGUUUACAGCUUCGAUCGUCUGGUCAGCACCUGCGUUGGUCGUCCGUUUGGGAUCACGGAUCAGGUCAUCACGACGGAAUUUCCAUCCAUGUUGGAUGAUCGAUAUAUCACAAAAGCUGGCUUUCGGCCACCACCGAGGGAAGAACCCAGCUACAAACGAGUUUCUCACCACUAUUUCAAGCUGCGGCUUUUGCAGUCGGAAAUCCAACAAGUCCUUCAAUAUCAGCAGGCUCGCUUUGCACGACGGUUAGGGAAGAAUAGCAAGAAUUCAUUUAUGCACACCAAGCUGCCGUCUCCUUUCCUCUAUCGAUUCGACUCCUUUCGUUCGUGGCGAGAAGACGUUCAUCGCAGACUGGUGGAGUGGAAAGACUCUGCUCCCACUCGCCAAGAAACGGGAGUGCAGUUUUCAGUAGAGUUUCUUGAGCUCAAUUACUGGCAGGCUUUAAUUAUGCUAUAUCGGCAGAGCUUGACAGUCCCAGCUGCUCUGGCUGGGGAGCUGACUGCUACGGAGGACGUAUCCAGUCCUCCGUUCUUCAAUGUUGAAGAAAGCGAAGAUGAAGACGAGAUCUAUCUUAAGCUCGCUGAAGCAGGCCAGAAAGUACUUAGAAUCUAUCGUCAGCUGCACCGCGUUCGACUAGUGAACUAUACUUACUUGGCUACACAUCAUUUGUUCAUGGCUGGUGAGAAAUUCCGUGACUCGCUUAGGUUCUAUACUGAUUGGAUUAGGGAUAUCGUUCCUGUAUGCAAUAUGGCAUUCUCCUGUUGUCCGAAGUCGAUUAGUAAGUUGAUGUGUCCAGAUCGGGAAAAAGGACCAAUCCCCGUGGCUGACCAGCCCCAGACGCUCGAUGACGUGGAUUUUACUGUUCUUGCUGCAACUUCGGUCCUAGGAGAUUUGAUGGAGAAGUGUCCUCCGGCGGAAGCUUGUCGAGACGCAUUUGAGCGGAUGAGUAGAGCCACCGUCCAAAUGUGUCUAUCGACAACAGGCUUUGGCUCUCAGGCCGAUGCUGCUGGACCACGCCUUGGUGCGCCCCUUCGACUUUGGCCACCGGUGUCGCACUCAGGAAACUCGAAAGCCCAGAGAACGAGUCGGACGGAAAAUCGGUCAAGUCAAAUGUCCGUUGCGCAACGGCAGCACUCUCAACCACGUCACGCGCGGCCGCCUCCAAAGUUCGACAUGAACCUUGAGGGCUUAUUCACCGACCAGACACCUACGAGUCAGGAUCUCCCAGCCGGCGGCAGGCGGCGAUCGAACCGGAGUGAACAGUCUUCGUACCCAGUGCAACAAGCCGUGAGUCUUCAGCCCGAGCAGCCGCAUGAGCAGUACGCAUCGAAUGUUCCAUACAUGCAACCGUACGGUGGUUAUGACAGGUCUCCGCCCCAGCAGCAACAGUUUCUUUACGCAAACUCACCCCAGAGUAUAUCUUCAGGCGGUGCGCCCCAAGGCUACACCCCUCCACAAAACCCUGAGCAGGAGUCUCUCGCCCCUAUCAGCCUGGAUUUCCUCGACUUUGGCACAGGUUCUGGCCAAAAUGCGGAGACCAGCUCCGAUGGCAAUCCUACUUUCAACUCCAUGUCCAUGCCUUCGUUUGGACAAGGCACUCAGGGCACUGGUCUCAACUUGGGGUUCGGUAUGGAAGUCGAUUACCAACAUGACUGGAGCGAAGGAGGAGGCUAUGACCUUUUCGACGGCUUUUUCUUUGGCGGAUCUGGGUCCGGUGCCAAUACCGGUGUCUAG